CCUAUCUAUUUAUAUCUCACCUCUCUUUCUCUCUCUCUAAAAGUUAAAACUCUCUCUCUCUCUCUCUCUCUACUACACAACUUCUCCCAAUAAUUCUGUGUUCAACAAAUUAAUUUUACAAACCCAAAUGACAACCGGAAGAGAAAUUCUCCACAAGAUGAAGGUGAAGGCAGGGUUUUGUAGUUCAUCGGCAGCGGAUACAGGAGGGAAAGGGAAAGGGAAAGUGACGACGGCAAAGAUUAAUAAUAAUGUAAGUUAUGGGAGUUAUUUGGUGAAGGGAAAAGCCAAACAUCCAAUGGAAGAUUAUUUAGUCACCGAUUUCAAGAGAGUCAACGAACAUGAUUUGGGUCUGUUUGCUAUUUUUGAUGGACAUCUGGGACAUGAUGUUGCUAAUUUCUUGCAGAACAAUCUCUUUGAUAACAUCCUUAAACAGGGUGAUUUGUGGAGCGAAACAAGAAAGGCAAUAAAAAGAGCAUACAAGAAAACAGACGAAGAGAUAUUGGAUAAAGUGAAGCAACUUGGAAAAGGAGGAUCAACGGCUGUGACUGCCAUCUUGAUCGACGCUCAUAAACUGGUGGUUGCCAACGUCGGAGAUUCUAGAGCUGUUUUGUGCAAAAACGGCGUCGCUUACCAACUUUCCGUUGACCAUGAACCCAGUAAAGAGAAAAGAGACAUCGAAAGCCGUGGUGGUUUUGUAUCAAAUCUUCCAGGCGAUGUUCCUCGUGUCGAUGGUCAAUUGGCAGUUGCCAGAGCAUUUGGCGAUAAGAGCUUGAAAAUCCACCUCAGCUCAGAACCUGACGUGGAAGUCAAAACGGUUGACGAAACUACGGAGUUCAUGAUUUUGGCCAGCGACGGCAUAUGGAAGGUCAUCACAAAUCAAGAAGCGGUAGAAUCAAUUAGACAUGUAAAGGAUGCGACCUUAGCAGCCAAACGACUUAUCGACGAAGCAAUUUCUAGGAAAAGCACGGAUGACAUAUCGUGCAUUGUUGUUAGGUUUCGAUGAUUUUUUUUUUUUCCUUUUGCAACAUUUUAAAUAGAAUAUAUAUUGUCCAUGAAAGUGUCGAUAAUGUUGGACAGUAAAUUUGUUUGCCUAUUGGCUACUGUCCGUAAAUCACUUAUAAAUUCAACGUGACUAUUCUGUAAUAAUUGUAGUGUCAAUUCAAAAUCUUUUUUCUUCUUUGUACUUUUAAAUCAUUAGUGUAAAUUGUAAUUAUUAGUUAUAUUGUAACAACCAUUCAAAUAAUUUCUUUUUUUGGUCGUUUGGUUGAAAUACCUCUUUGGUUUCGAGUUUGGUGUUUCUUCAACUAUAGUCACUGUAUUUCUCGAUGUUCAAUUUUAGUUUGUAAUGGAUCAUAAAUUUAGUUCCUAUCA